GGACAUAGUACACGAGAUGACCAGAGACUGCGGACAUAGUACAGGGGAUGACCAUAGACUGCAGACAUAGUACAGGAGAUGUCCAGAAACUGCAGACACAGUACAGGAGAUGCCCAGAGACUGCAGACACAGUACAGGAGAUGACCAGAGACUGCGGACACAGUACAGGAGAUGACCAGAGACUGCGGACACAGUACAGGAGAUGACCAGAGACUGCGGACAGUACAGGAGAUGACCAGAGACUGCAGACACAGUACAGGAGAUGACCAGAGACUGCGGACACAGUACAGGAGAUGACCAGAGACUGCGGACACAGUACAGGAGAUGACCAGAGACUGCGGACAUAGUACAGGAGAUGACCAGAGACUGCGGACAUAGUACAGG